ACGUCGUAUUAGCAUUGUCUAUAGAUUUAGUAUUAGGACCACGAACUUCCUUAUUACAGAUACAAAUUACAAAAGUAAAAUAGAGUGGCAUUCCUGGUUAUAGGAGGAAGGAAGAAAAGGCUAGUUUAUCGAUUGUCUGAAGGCGUAUUUUGAUUGAUGCGCAUCUUUCUGCGCGUUAACCAUAAUAAUCACCAGACAGCUGUCAUUAUUUUGCGGAGUAUUUUGGGAAAGAAAAGUUCUAAGUCGUAAUUUCUUUGUACAUAUUUUUUAAUUGAAGAUGUCCUACGCAUAUUUAUUCAAAUAUAUUAUUAUCGGAGAUACAGGUGUUGGCAAGUCCUGUUUGUUACUACAAUUCACAGACAAGAGAUUUCAACCUGUUCAUGAUCUCACUAUUGGAGUAGAAUUUGGAGCUCGAAUGAUAACAAUUGAUAGCAAACAGAUUAAGUUACAAAUAUGGGAUACGGCUGGUCAAGAAGCUUUCCGAUCUAUCACCCGGUCUUAUUAUAGAGGUGCAGCUGGAGCUCUCUUAGUAUAUGAUAUCACUCGAAGAGAAACCUUCAACCAUUUAACCACAUGGCUAGAUGAUGCCAGACAACAUUCCAAUUCUAAUAUGGUUAUUAUGCUGAUUGGAAAUAAAAGGUUAGUGAAAUCUUCUGAGGAAAUCCUUCAAUUGCAAUCAGGUUUCACAUUGGCUUUCACAGUGACCUGAUGUCAAUUUAAAUUU